GUCAAAAUCAUAUGUCAAAGUGAAACCCAAAAUAUUUGAGGUUAUGAAAUAAAAAUCAACAAGAGUGUUUUAAUUUAGUUUUAAUAAUUUAUUCUAAAUCGAAGGUAAAUAACAUUUGCCAAAUCGAUUUAGUAAUAUAUAUCCUAAGAUGAAUCUUAUUCGAAGAGGCCUCUCCCUACUCUCCACUAGUAUAAGGACACAAUGUACACAAUACAGAGUACCAGCGCUGCCGAGCGCCUGGUCCCCCCCCGCCCCCGCCCCCGCAGGCGCCCUGGGCCUGGUGUCUCGCGCCAUGGCCUCGCUGGAGCAGAUGCACCGCACCGGUCCGCACAUCAAGAUCAGGAAGUCCAGGAAUCCACUCAGCGGGAACCCUUUUGCUAAGGGCGUGGUCCUCAAGACAGUGAUCAAGAAGCCGAAGAAGCCCAACUCGGCGAACCGCAAGUGCGUGGUGGUGCGGCUGUCCAGCGGCAAGGAGAUGGUGGCGUACAUCCCGGGGAUAGGACACAACCUGCAGGAGCACAACAUCGUGCUCGUACGAGUCGGCAGAGUGAAGGACUGUCCCGGCGUGAAGCUGAAGUGCGUGCGCGGCAAGUACGACCUGCCGCACGUGAUCAAGGCGAAGGCCUAGUCGUGUGCUAGUUAGUAAAUAGAUGCUUAUGUACUUUGUAUAUUUAAUGUAGUCAAUUAGAGUUGUAAGGACACCA